AUGGUUUUAGUCCAAGGCGAGAACAUCAAAGGGUCUGUCUUUAAAGAUCUUCGAAUCAUCGAAGAAAUAGGUCAUGGUGCCUUUAGUCGAGUCUAUAAAGCUGAGUCAAAUGGUGUUUUAGUCGCUUCAAAGGUAUUAUCCAAAGUACCCGACUGUGUGAAAAAUGAAGUUCAAUACCUUCAAAUACUGAAGCACCCAAACAUCGUACGGUUCUAUAGUGCGGAGAAGACGGAGAAGGGACUUAUUAUUAACAUGGAAUAUGUCGAGUCUAAUUUGGAUAGUCUCUUAUUCGAUCAACAACACUGCCCGGUCCCUUUAAGAACAACAUUAACAACUUCGAUUAAAGUGACGUUAUGUAUGGAUAUAGGGAAGGCUGUACAAUACUUACAAUCACUUCGACUUAUUCAUGGCGAUUUAAAACCAGAAAACAUAUUAAUAUCGCACGACUUCAAAGUAAAACUCUCUGACUUUGGAUUCACACGUGCUCCCUCCAAAUUUUUCGAAACGAUACAUGGAACACCUAAUUACCUUCCCCCAGAAGCUUUUUUAUAUAACGAAUUCAAUCGAACGUGUGAUACAUACGCAUUUUCACUCGUCAUUUACCAAAUUUUCACACAACGACUCAUCUUCACAAAUUGUACAACUACAGAAGAACUUGCAGACGCCGUUGUGCACGGGGAAAGACCGACACUCAAUUCUUUAGUCCCCGAAGUCUACCACGAGUUGUUACAGAAGAUGUGGAGUGGUAAUAUUGACGAACGGCCCAAUAUGAAAAAGAUCUUACAAACACUCUCACUGGGAUAUUUGGAAGAUAUUGAUGACUUAAUGGCAAGGAACUUCUGGAGUUUCUUAUG